CUCCAAAAAGUCUCGAAGAAUGUUUCAGAUUCUUGUGUCCAAGCCUCAAACGACACCUUUUUGACCUAAACGACAACGAGGCCUUCCUUCCACUCCACCCCUCUCGCUCCUCCCUCUCUAGAGCCAAAGCCAAAGCAAGGCAUGCUUUUCGCUGCCCACUUUCCUUCUUCUUCUUCUUCUUCUUCGUCUUCUUCUGCGUCAUUUCUUCUCUCUCUCAGUCACAUCCAACAGAGCCGUUGACUUUUAUCGAGCCGUGGGUGUCAGUGAGACCGGGAAAAAAGAAAAUGGAGCAAUCUGUUCUCGACGACAUAAUCAAUCGGCUUCUCGAAGUCCGAGGCCGCCCCGGAAAGCAGGUUCAGCUUUCCGAGUCGGAGAUCCGCCAGCUUUGCGUCGUUUCUCGCGAGAUUUUCUUGCAACAACCCAAUUUGUUGGACCUCGAAGCACCCAUCAAGAUUUGCGGUGACAUACACGGUCAAUAUUCUGAUCUUUUGAGGCUUUUCGAGUAUGGUGGACUACCUCCUAAAGCCAAUUACUUAUUCUUGGGGGAUUAUGUGGAUCGAGGCAAACAAAGUCUAGAGACAAUUUGCCUUCUCCUUGCAUAUAAAAUAAAAUAUCCUGAGAAUUUUUUCCUUUUGAGGGGAAAUCACGAAUGUGCAUCCAUAAACCGCAUCUAUGGAUUUUAUGAUGAGUGUAAGAGAAGAUUCAACAUAAGGCUCUGGAAAACGUUUACAGAUUGUUUCAACUGCCUCCCGGUGGCAGCCCUGAUUGAUGAAAAGAUCCUCUGUAUGCAUGGGGGGCUUUCUCCUGACCUGCAAAAUUUGGAUCAGAUACGAAAUCUACAGCGGCCGACUGAUGUGCCAGAUACGGGUUUGCUCUGUGAUAUUCUCUGGUCUGACCCGAGUAAAGAUGUUCAAGGUUGGGGGAUGAACGACAGGGGAGUUUCAUAUACGUUUGGUGCUGACAAGGUCACAGAGUUUCUUCAGAAGCAUGAUUUGGACCUCAUUUGUCGUGCUCACCAGGUUGUGGAGGAUGGAUAUGAGUUCUUUGCGAACCGCCAACUUGUAACUAUUUUUUCUGCACCCAAUUACUGUGGGGAGUUCGAUAAUGCUGGUGCAAUGAUGAGUGUGGAUGAGACACUAAUGUGCUCUUUCCAAAUACUAAAGCCAUCAGAUAAAAAGGUAAAGCUGAAUUUUGGGAGCACAACCACAACUAAGCCUGGAAACCCUUCGACAGCGGCCAAUGUUUUUGGGAGCACAACUACGGCCAAACCAGGAAACACUCCAGCAGGAGUCAAGUCCUUCCUUGGUACCAAGGUAUGAGAAUCAGGUUUAUGGCAGCUUAGAGGAUGUACUGUCAGCCCAUUUAGCUCGCGGACACGUCCGGUUUAUAACUAAAGUUUGAUUCCCAUUAAGCAUUAAUUUCACUUUUAAUAUGUUAAAUUGUAAAAUUCGAGAGGAAACUGUCUUUAGAAGCUAAUGCAAAGCAUGUUUCCCUGAUAUAAAAUUGGGUUGGAGGUAGAAAAGAAGGGCUCUGUAAUCAGUUUCUCUUCCUUCUUUGUACACUACUAGCUGCUAUAAUUUGUUGCUAUGCGCUAUUAAAUUAAAUAUCACCUUGCUUUGGAACGAUAAAGGAAGUGUCAAAAACACUAGUUGUGUAUUAUUUUCCUCAGUUAGAAAAAGGUCUCAGCAAAACUUCAAUUGGAAAAUAAC